AAGAUCAACUUGGAAGACACUUUUUAAAUAGUAAACUAAAUCGUGCACUCCAUGAAAACCCUUUUACGUGUUACUUCAAGUAAUCAUAUAAAUGCCUAUAUAUCUGCAACGUACCAUCCAUCCUGAUGAAAACAAAACAUUCAUACGCGGAAAACAUAAUUUAGUGAAGAGAUGGGUAGACUUAGAUGUUUGGGAAUGUCUCUUCUUCCAUUUGGAUUUCUCUUGUUCUUUACUUCAGCUUUCAUCGGAGUACCUGGUGCCCUUGCCUGGAGCAAAGAGGGUCAUGUCAUGACAUGCCAAAUUGCCCAGGCACUUCUGGAGCCUGAGGCAGCAGAAGCAGUGCACCAUUUGUUACCUGAAUAUGUGAACGGUAACUUAUCAGCCCUCUGCAUAUGGCCUGACCAAAUCAGACACUGGUACAAAUAUAGGUGGACAAGUCCACUUCAUUUCAUUGACACACCGGAUAACGCUUGUUCUUUUAAGUAUUCAAGGGACUGCCAUGAUCCCCAUGGCGUGGAGGAUAUGUGUGUUGCAGGUGCCGUGAAAAAUUUCACUUCUCAACUCAUGCAUUACAGUGAGGGAACAUCUGAUCGGAGACAUAAUAUGACUGAGGCGUUAUUGUUCUUGUCACACUUCAUGGGAGAUAUACAUCAGCCAAUGCAUGUUGGAUUCACCACUGACGAAGGAGGAAACACAAUAAAUUUACGUUGGUUUAGACACAAAUCUAAUCUGCACCAUGUGUGGGACAGAGAAAUUAUUCUCACAGCACUAGCAGACUAUUAUGACAAGGAUGUGAGCCUCCUUCUUCAAGACAUUGAGAGGAACUACACCGAUGGGAUUUGGUCAGAUGAUGUUACAUCUUGGAAAAACUGUAAUGAUAUCUCUCAGUGUGUAAAUAAUUGGGCCAAAGAGAGCAUUCAAAUAGCUUGCAAAUGGGGUUACGAAGGAGUUGAAUCUGGAACUACCCUGGCAGAUGAUUACUUCGACUCGAGGAUGCCAUAUGUCAUGAAACGAAUUGCUCAAGGAGGAAUUCGAUUAGCUAUGAUUCUGAACAAGGUUUUUGCGGACUCUGAAGAAGGACUUGCAACAGCAACUUAGGCACACUGCACACAGACACAUCAACACAAAGUUGUUUAAAAUUUGUUAAUGACCAUAUCAUCUAACUUCAUUUGUUCUCAAUUGGUAGUCUUAGCCAUUUUAGUCCAUAACGUUUCUGAUUACAGUUGUAAGUAAUUUUAGCAUGUACUAGGCAUUUCAGAAUUCCUCAAAGCUAAUCAAUGAAUCAAGCAAAAAUAUAAUUAUUGAUAAGCAAAGCAA